AUGGAGUUGAAAAGGGAGUAUGCCAAUGGAAUGAAUGAGCAAGGUGAUUUUGAUCCGAGUUCACCUCCUCCAUUCCGGAUUGCGGAUAUCCGAGCUGCCAUACCGAAGCAGUGUUGGAUCAAGAAUCCAUGGAGGUCAAUGAGUUAUGUUUUUAGGGAUGUCAGUGUGGUUUUUGCAUUAGCAGCAGCUGCAGUCUACUGCAAUAGUUGGUUGUUUUGGCCAAUCUACUGGUUUGCCCAAGGAACCAUGUUUUGGGCUGUCUUUGUCCUUGGACAUGAUUGUGGCCAUGGAAGCUUUUCAGACAAUGCUAUUUUGAAUAGUGUGGUGGGACAUAUCUUACAUUCUUCAAUUCUUGUUCCUUACCAUGGAUGGAGAAUAAGCCACAGAACUCAUCAUCAGAACCACGGAAAUGUCGAAAAGGAUGAGUCAUGGGUUCCGAUGCCUGAGAAUAUUUACAAGAAACUCGACACCAGUACGCGAUUACUGCGAUUCACCGUCCCCUUUCCCCUAUUUGCAUUCCCCGUGUAUUUGUGGUAUAGAAGCCCAGGCAAAGAAGGAUCUCAUUUCAAUCCUUACAGCAACUUGUUUAGCCCCCAAGAGAGGAAACUUGUGAUGAUAUCCACUGCCUGUUGGUCUACAAUGGCUAUUAUACUUGCCUACGUAUCGUUUACAGUUGGUCCAUCCCACAUGUUUAAGCUCUAUGGCAUUCCCUACUUGAUUUUCGUGAUAUGGCUAGAUUUAGUAACUUACCUACAUCACCAUGGCCAUGAGCAGAAACUACCUUGGUACCGUGGCAAGGAAUGGAGUUAUCUCAGAGGAGGGCUUACAACAGUGGAUCGUGAUUAUGGUUUAUUCAAUAAUAUCCACCAUGACAUUGGCACACAUGUCAUCCAUCAUCUCUUCCCUCAAAUCCCUCAUUAUCACUUAGUGGAAGCUACUAAAGCGGCAAAACCGGUGAUAGGAAAAUUCUAUUGGGAGCCGAAGAAAUCAGGUGCUGUUCCAUUUCAUUUGAUCAAGAAUUUAAUCACAAGCCUCGCACAAGAUCAUUACGUCAGCAAUAGUGGAGAUAUAGUGUUUUAUCAGACUGAUCUAAACCUGUUUCAGUUGCUUUCCCUUGCCAAAUAUGAAUGA